UGGAUCUUUUGCUUGCCACGAGGAAACAUCCACGUCAUGCGCAGCGAAUGCUGCCACCAUGGCGUUGGACGGCACAUGCAUGGAUAACCAAGCCGGUGCUGCCUUACUACACAUCGAAUCAAACAGCCCACCAUGAAGUCCCCUGUUGCCAUCCUCGCCCUCGUGGCUCUUGUCUUCUCUUCCGCGGUCGAAGCCUCCGUGUUUCUUCCCAACAGCCGAACUUUGGCGCCCCGCACUGUCAGCCCCAACGAUUUCCGCAAGGACUUUUCCUAUGGACCUCGCCGUCCCAUUACGGGAUCCAUGAAGGGAACCGCCAUGGCCAUUCCCGGUUACGGUGUGGCUGAACAAGUCAUGGUGGGUGGAUUUGCCAACUUUCUCUCCAUUUACAAUAUCAUCAUUACCGGACGCAUCCUCUUGUCGUGGAUCCCACAAGCCCAGGGCAUUGGAUUGCUCCAACCCGUCUACCAAAUCACCGAUCCCUACCUCAAUCUGUUUCGAGGUAUUAUCCCACCCGUCUUUGGAUUGGAUCUGUCACCCAUUCUGGCAUUUUUCUUUUUGAGCUUUUUGGGAAAUGUUACCACUGCUGUGGGAGCCGAAAUCCCAGAAGAACUGCAACAGAAACUGGCCAAAUCGCACUUUGGACAGGCAUCGGCACGUGGACACAUGAUCAUGAUGAAACUGCAGCAGCAAGGAAGCAGCAGCAAGAAGCAGCAACCAGCAUUUUAAAGGAAUGACGGAAUGGUCUGUGCGUGAUAGUAGCCACUUCAGGGCAUUGGGGUACCCGUCAGGGGUCUCAUCUGACCUAGAGUGUGACACCAAACAAAACUGCCAAGCAAACGUAAGCAACAGCUAAGCAAGAGUUAAUUGCCGUAACAUGCACGCUGGUGUGGAUGGUUUGCAAGGUACAUGUAGCACCAAUAGGAAUCCAUUAUCAUUCGC